AAAGUCCAAGUCUGAGAUAGAUUGAUAAAUGGGGUUGCAAGUGCAAAGAGAGAAGCUUUCAUUUCGUUGAACGGCGCAUAGGUGUACCGAACAACUGAUAACUGCAAACAGUGCAGACAACACACACACACAUAAAUGCUAGGUAGCCGCAGAUGCAGAUGCAUAAAAAAGCACACCUAAAUAUGCCAGCUCGUAAAGAAUAUUUGGCAUCAUGUUGAUUUAGCAUUUUGAUAGUGGCUGGCACGUGUCGUCUUCAUGCCGAUAUAACCCGAGGCCUUAAAAGUGGGCCGCUGAUAUUGGUGAACGAACUUAAGCAAACGACUAGUAGACGUUACGAGGGCAUGUUGUAAUUAGCGAAGGACACAACUCUUGCGUGCUGCCCGAAGUCCUGACGAGGAUCUCCAUGGCCUCCCUCACAAUGUAAAGUGGCUUGCAGUAGCCAUUCCAUUCCAUUCCAUUCCUUCAUUGCAGAUGGCUCCAUUACUCGAGGGCCCUCCGCCGCCCCCUUGUCCUUCCAAAAUUCUCAUGAGAGAAUCCAUUCGCCUCAGUGCAAACUUGGCAUCGCCGCUCAAGGUGCGCAGGGGACAAGGACAAGGCGACGAUGAGCGCGAGCGUGUCUUGUGUUGUGAGGUGUGGGGAGGCAAACGUUAUAAGUAUGUGGGCAUGGGAAAGGGCAAGGGCAUGGCCAUUGGCGUUGCACAGGCUGUUCCACUGCACUCCUCUCACAAUCCCUUCGAGGACUUAAUCACCUUUAUAAGAUCCUGGGUGGUACCAGAUGGAUAUCCAGAGAGUGUCACUUCUUCAUAUGCGCCUUACAUGCAGUGGAGGGCUCUUAAAUACUUCUUUGGUGGAGCAAUGAGUGUUUUUACCACACGUUCAUUGCUUCAUUCUGUUGGAAUUGUUGGAAAAGGUUCUGCUUCUUCUGCUGUUGCUGUGAACUGGGUUCUUAAGGAUGGGGCAGGAAGGAUUGGAAAGAUGCUCUUUGCACGUCUGGGUAAAAAGUUUGAUUCUGAUCUGAAGCAGCUUCGCUUUACUAGUGACCUCUUUAUGGAAUUUGGUGCUGGGAUAGAGUUGGCUACAGCAGCAGCUCCUCAUUUGUUUUUGCCAUUUGCCUGUGCUGCUAAUGUGGCUAAGAAUAUUGCUGCUGUGACUUCGACGUCAACCCGCUCUCAUAUAUACAGAGCUUUUGCCCAAGGAGAAAACAUUGGAGAUGUGACAGCUAAAGGAGAAUGCAUUAGCAAUAUUGCAGAUUUGUUGGGUACAGGACUCAGUGUCUACAUCUCAAAACAAAAUCCAUCUUUGUUGGCGACUUUUGCUGUAUUAUCAUGUGGAUACAUUUUUUGUUCAUAUCGAGAGGUAAAAUCUGUUGUAUUGAACUCUUUAAACAACACAAGAUUUGCUGCAGCUGUGGAAUCUUUCCUUGAGACAGGACGAGUUCCUUCAGUAAAAGAAGGAAAUAUGAAAGAGAACUUUUUCCCUUGGUCCCAAAAACAGCCUGUUAUAAUUGGAGCACGGUUGAUUGAAGCCUUUCAGAAACCAAACGACUUUCUAUCUGUACAGCCAUUGUUUGAGAAAGAAAAGUACAUUGUUACUUAUAAUCCAUUGAAGGGUCAAGCGUAUGCAUUGUUGAGGGAAAAAUCAAGCUCAGAUGAUGUUAUGAGAGCUGCCUUUCAUGCACAUUUGCUCUUACAUGUCAUGCAGACAUCUAAGAAGGUGGAAGCAACAAGGAACCCUAUCAAUUAUGCAAAGGUGGACAUAUUUGAUUCACACACAGCCUAUUCCACACUUUCAGCAGCUGAUAUACAAGCAGAAAUUGCAGAUACAUGCGGGCGUGUUUCUUCUUUGUACAGUGUCUUCAAAAAUCAGGCUGCACAACAGGGAUGGAGGAUGUCAGAGUCAUUGCUAAAUUCGGGCAAUGCACGGGUGCUGAAGAUUGAGGAAGAUGAAAUGUAGUGUGCUCAUUAGUUUAUGAGUCAGAGAAUGAAGAGUUGCCAAUUUUGCCCAUGCACUGAUUGUGAGCAGAUACAUCUGCUUCUCACAAUAUCAUUUGCUUUGAUUGUGAGCGUAUGUAUCUGCUUCUCACAAUGUUAUUGCAGGUUUCGUGUAGGAUGAUAUUUCUUUUGAAGUAAAUCAGGCAAAGUUGCUGUACGGUAAUUUACAUGGGAUUGUGUGCAUUCCCAGAGCUGCUUCUCCAGGGGAUUAAAGCAGAUUUGCUUCUCAAUUGUAAGAUAUCAAUCUGUUACAAAUAGCUUCCAACACUUCUAUGCCUUGCCCUCUGCUUUGUAUUUUUCUUAGGAAUUGCUAUUGCCCACACAUGGCAUGAAAGUCAAUUCAAGAGGGCUGGCUAAACUGGAUGUAAUUUUCAGGGAAGUACAAUAAAUAUGCUUAAUUAUUUUUGGGGAAUA